CCGGCGCGCGCCUCUCUGGGCCGAGCAGCGGGGCUGCCGCCUUCCCGCCGCCGUCCCGCCGCCGUCCCUGCCACUGUCUCCGCCGGGCAGAGGAGCCAAGCCGGGCCGGAGCGAGCGGGCGGGCGGGCGGGCGGGGCCGCCAUGGACCACAAGCCCCUGCUGCAGCAGCAGCCGCCCGCCUACAACCUGGAGGCCGGCCAGGGCGACUUCGCGUGCGGCCCGCACGGCUACGGCGCCAUCCCCGCCGCGCCCCCGCCGCCGCCGCCCUACCCCUACCUCGUCACAGGGAUCCCCACCAGCCACCCCAGGGUCUACAACAUCCACAGCCGCACGGUCACCCGCUACCCCGCCAACUCCAUCGUGGUGGUCGGAGGCUGCCCUGUCUGCAGGGUUGGGGUGCUCGAGGACUGCUUCACCUUCCUGGGCGUCUUCCUGGCCAUUGUCCUGUUUCCCCUGGGCUUCAUCUGCUGCUUCGCCUUGAGGAAGCGAAGGUGCCCCAACUGUGGGGCGGUCUUCACCUAAAGGGACAGGCCCUCUUUUCUAAUGAAAUGUAAAUGUCAUGUACAAUAGUUUUCUUUGAUUCAGCUCUAGGACUGUUUUGUAUGGUGGGGUGGGUGCAGGGGUGUGAGGAGCGGGUCUGCAGGAGGGGAGGGGGAGCCCCACCCCAGCCCCCCAAUCAGCGACAACUCCAGAAAGCUCUGCUUCUAGUUUUGCAGUCUUCAAUUUGGGAAUGGUAAGAAAUACUGUUUUAAAUAAAUGUGAUUCAUACCAUGUU